AUUCUCACUAUGAGGUGAGGUUGAAAUUAAUGUAUGCUAUGGUAACGGCAAUGAGUACCGGCAACUUUAGAAGUGGAUAUUUACAAAAAUAGAUGAUUAUUUCUAUUCCUCGUUUAAGUGUAAUUAUUCCAACAACAGAGUCAAAGCCUGUAAAAAUUUUUAAGGUUGCCUCCUGUUCAUUAGUCCCAGGGAAAAUGUUGUCCCAAUUAUUUAAUGCACAUGGCCAGAUGUGUGCUAGCCAUCCUUGGGAGGUACUCAUUGGUACAUUAACACUAACCAUAUCUUUAAUGUCCAUGAGCUUGUGGGCAAUCAAUAGUAAAGUCUGUGGCUGGAACUACAUUUGUCACAAUGAGGAGGAAAUGAAGAGUUCUGAUGUUAUCAUAUUUUCUUUGACAAGAUGUCUGGCCAUUAUGUACAUAUAUUUACAAUUUAGAAAUUUGAGGAAGCUGGGCUCCAAGUAUUUACUAGGACUAGCGGGUGUUUUCACUAUAUUUUCAAGCUUCAUCUUUAGCAUUGCUAUUGCAAAUUUAAUUGGCUUUGAUCUAAAUGGGCUAAAUGAAGCAUUGCCAUUUUUUCUGCUACUUGUCGAUCUGUCCAAAGCUAGUGCGCUGGCUCGUUUUUCCUUAACAGCAGCUAAUCAAGAUCAGCUUCAGAAAAACAUUGGCAGAGGCAUGGCCAUUAUUGGCCCUUCCAUUACCUUGGAUGCUAUAGUGGAAACAUUGGCUAUUGGAGUUGGUACUCUGUCAGGUGUCAAACAGUUGGAAACGAUGUGUUGUUUUGGAUGCUUGUCUGUUAUAGCUAAUUACCUUGCAUUCAUGACAUUCUACCCUGCUUGCUUAUCACUAGUACUUGAGAUUUCUAGAGAUCGUAACCAAGGAAAACCUUUACAACAACUGCAGAUGUUGGCCAAAGUGCUCCAGAAAGAAGAAGAUGAAAAGAAACCUAAUCCAGUUACUCAGCGGGUAAAAAUCAUAAUGUCUGCUGGCUUAGUACUUGUUCAUGCUCAUAGUCGAUUUAUAGCAGAAGCUACUGUUGCUAUAUCAAAUGAUGGGAAUCAAGUGUCUAAUGAUUUUCAUCCAAUUCAACCAGAAAUGCCAUUGUGGAAAUUUUAUGCUAGCAGGUUGUUUACCUCCAACUUAGACUAUGGUCUUACAUUAGUUUUAGGCAGUGCUUUGGCUCUUAAAUAUAUUUUCUUUGAUGGUAAAAUAGACUUGGAGGUACAGAAACGUUUGAAAUCACAGGCUGAGAUGGAGAAAUCUGUCAAAGUAGACCAUGUACUGCCGAAUGGAAAGGCUCACACUCCUGUUGCACUUAAAGAAGUGCCUAAAACAGAUGAUGUUAAACCCCAAAUUAAGAAUGAACCAGAACCUGUAAAACAUGAAGUUAAGCCAGCCUUCUUUCUUGGGUCUCAGGAUAAUGAUGAUAAUAGCAGCUCUGAAGAUGAGCUCACCAAAGAAUUACACCACAAAGAAACUCAGACAGAUAUUGAAGGACAAUGCAACAUUUCUGAUAGCCAGACUGUAAGCAGGCCUGGCGAUAAUGUCUCCAAAUUUAUUCAUACACCCAAAAUCUCUGAUAAACCACCACAUGCUCUGGAAGAAUGUGUGGCUAUCAUGAACUCAGAUGAGGGUCCUCAAGCCCUCUCAGAUGAAGAGGUUGUCAUGCUGGUGAAAUCUAAACACAUCCCGCAGUACAAACUGGAAAGUAUGCUCAGUGAUCACGUCAGAGGUGUAGCCAUCAGGCGUCAGAUGUUGACUUCUCAUUUGCCUAAAGCAACAGCCUUGGAAAAUUUGCCUUUCAUGAACUAUGAUUAUAAGUUUGUUGAUGGCGCAUGCUGUGAGAAUGUAAUUGGAUACAUGCCAGUACCAGUUGGCUUUGCAGGUCCCUUGUUAUUAGAUGGAGUCUCUUACCAUAUCCCGAUGGCUACCACAGAAGGCUGUCUUAUUGCUAGUACUAACAGAGGAUGUAGGGCUCUAGUGAUGAGUGGAGGAGUCAAGAGUACAGUCACUUAUGAUGGCAUGACACGAGGACCAGUGGUCAGAUUUCCUACAGCUUUAAAAGCAGGUGAAAUGAAAACAUGGCUAGAAAAUGCAGACAAUUUUGAGCUAGUAAAAGAAUGUUUUGACACCACUAGCAGAUUCGCCCGUCUUCAAAAAAUUCAAGUUGGAAUAGCUGGAAGAAGUCUUUAUAUAAGAUUUGUCUCCAAAACAGGAGAUGCCAUGGGAAUGAACAUGCUUUCCAAGGGCUCAGAGAAAGCUUUGAACAUGUUAGCAGAGAUGUUUCCAGACAUGGAGAUCAUUAGUUUAAGUGGCAACUACUGCACUGACAAGAAGCCUGCCGCUAUUAAUUGGAUUGAAGGACGAGGUAAAUCAGUUGUGUGUGAGGCUUUUGUUAAGUCAAGUGUUGUCAAAGAUGUCUUGAAGACUACAGUUCCUGCUUUGAUAGAAUUGAAUAUUAGCAAAAAUCUUGUUGGUUCAGUCAUGGCUGGCAGCAUAGGAGGGUUUAAUGCUCAUGCAUCCAACAUUGUUACUGCUAUUUACAUUGCCUGUGGACAAGAUCCAGCUCAAAACAUCGCCAGUUCUAAUUGUAUUGUUUUAAUGGAAGCCACUGGACCCUUACAUGAUGAUCUCCAUAUUACUUGCACCAUGCCAUCAAUUGAAGUGGGCACAGUGGGUGGAGGGACCAUACUGCCACCUCAGGCUGCUUGUUUAGAGAUGCUAGGUGUAAAGGGAUCCAACGACCAGUGUCCAGGAGACAACGCCAAGCGUCUUGCUCAAAUUAUCUGUGCAACUGUUAUGGCUGGAGAACUGUCUCUUAUGUCUGCACUUGCUGCUGGUCAUCUUGUCCAGUCUCAUUUAAAGCACAACAGAUCUGUUCUGAAUAUGGCUCCUAGUGCUGUGAAGCCCACAGAAAUGCCUGGUCUUAAACAUGCCAAGACAAUGCCUGGAAUGUGCACUAAUAAAGCAGCUUAGAGAUUGAUAUGCUCAUUGUUAAUAACUCCACAAAUAAAUUAUUCAGUAUAUUUAUGAUUAGCAUAUGGUAUAAGAAGAUGAACAAACUAGUUGCAUUCUAAAUAUUUUAGUGAUAUAUUGCUAUUGUAUAGCCAUUAUAGUUGUUUAUUGAUUUUCAAUCUUCUAUCUCUUGAAAUAACUACCACUAUUGAUAGCUAGUAAUAAUGUUCCAUCAACAAUGAAAAUAGUUUAAUCACAUGGUAAUCAAAAACUAGUUAUUACCCUUUUUGUCUGAUUGCUAAAGAGUAUACAACUAAAAUAUGUUUUCAAUCUUUUGCACCAUGCCAUCAAUUGAAGUGGGUGGAGGGACCAUACUGCCACCUCAGGCUGUUUGUUUAGAGGUACAGACACCAGUUUAACACAUUUUUUUAAAUCAUUUUGAAUUGGUCCUUGAAGUAGGGUAACAAUUUUUGCUUUAAUUUUUUUUUUUUUUUUGUUGGUUUACAUCUAGCAGUAUUUCUGCUCUGUAUCGUAUGUAUUUAUGUUUAUUCUCGCUUUGUUUCUAGUAUAUAUACCUCAAUGUUGUGUGCUACAGAUAUUCUGGUGUGUCAAACAGAUUACAUGUAGUACUCUUGUACCAACUUUAAUGGGAUUUGAUUGGUAUUGUUUCUGUCACAUUUCUUGUUGGCAUGAAGUGCAGUUUACACAUGGUGUUAGUUCAAUGAUAGAUUUUGCCUUCUAUAAUUCUUCAAUAUUUUUGUUUAAAUGCAAAACGCUUUGGCUAAGUUUUUUUUUUUUCUAUUAAAAAUUUAGAUUUUUUAUUUUUAGAAUACGUAAUUGUAAGUAAUAAAUUCAAUACAUCAGGAUGAAGACCAAAAAAAAAGUUUGACAUAAAAUAAAUUGCGCAGGCUUGCUGUUUCCUCCAAUAGUUGUUUAGUUUGUGUUGAUCUAACAGUUUCAUAGUAAACUUUACUGAUAAGCAAGAAGUGACUAUAGAAAUGGUUAAUCUUCUUUCUCUUCUCUGUAUGUGUUGAGUACAUUUUAUUUUUUACAAGAAAAUGUGUGUGUUUUUUAAUAAUGUUCUAUAAUCAUGUAGACUUACCAUAAUGGGUUUUUAAGAAGAUUUCUUGAACCUGAAUGUGUGCAUGACAUCACUAAUGUUGCUUGUUGUAUUUAUUAAUAUGUUUCUAACUUUUUUACAGUGUUCGUUUUAUUAUUUGUUUGAAUGCUCGUCAUUCAUAUAUUUAGUCAAUUUGAGUCAUUUUUAAGCUUAAACUGUGAUGAUUUUAUUUUUAUAAACUAAAAACAAUCUUAUUAGUGUCAAUGAUGAUUCCAGUACUUUUUUUUUUUUUCCUUACAUACAUUUUUAAGUAUUGUCAAAAUUUGAUUUUUUUUUUCCCUAAGAUAAAAUCAAUGAAGCUCCUUUAAGUACAGACGUCUUACUACACAACUGUUCUCUAUGUUCUCAAUAAUUAAGCUGAUUUUCAAUGAUUUAGCAAUGCCACAUAAAUUAAAUAAUACAAAAAAACAUGAUCAAUAAAUUUUUCUCAAAUUUCAAUGAUAUUGAUGUUGAAGAGAUGGUAUGCUUUUUAUUAAAUCUUGAUUGAUUUAUACUGUGCAUCACUAGACAAUAUCAUCUAAUAUCACACACUUUUAUUUUUUAUAAAGUCUCAUAAUAAUUUUGUAGUUCAAACUUUAUAAAUUUCAAUAUAGAACUUUUCAUGAAAAUAAUUUCAUGUUUAUUGGUAUAUCGGUACUUUAAAUAAAAAAUAAAAGAGAAAUGAAAAGAAAUUUUAUUGGAACUAGUCUUUUUGUUUUUACUGUGAUUUACUGCACACUUGAUUGCAUCUCACAGACAUUGAAAUGUACAAAUCUAAGAUAUUAUAGUGGUCACACAGAGAAAAAAAACAAUGGCUUUGUUCAUUUGUCAUUCACUCAUUAAACCAUCCAUUUUUAAUCUAGAAAUUAUUCAUUUCAAUGAAUGUACAUUUGUAUUGACUCAUUCCAGAAAAUGUUUUGUAUCCUACAAUAAAAGAGUAAAUUAUUGAGACAUUUUUAUAACCACACACAAUUGUUGUUGUUUUUUAUUUUGUUAAAAGCCAUGAGAUAAUAAACUUUUUGUUUACACAAUGAACUGUAUUUCCCAACCAAACAGUUUGUGUUCAUUGAAUUUAUGGAAAUGUAGUGUGUUUGUGAUUUUCUAUGGUUUUCUAAGUUUUUAAUACAGCACACUUUUGAAGACUAAA